GAACAGAGUGUGACCAGUGGACAGGAGAGACAGGACACUGUGUGACUUGUGGACAGGAGAGACAGGACACUGCGUGACUCGUGGACAGGAGAGACAGGACACUGCGUGACUAGUGGACAGGAUAGUGUGUGACCAGCAGAACAGUUUGUGACGAGGGUUAUUCUCCAUCAGCAUCAUCACCAUGCGGUUCUGUGUGGUUCUAGUAGCCGUGGUUCUGGUUCUCCAUGUGUCCCGGACCGAGACGGCGGAGGAAACCAGUCCAGAACAGACCGACGCAGCGGAACAAGAGACGGAGCCGGAGAAGAAAGAGAAAACGACUGAGAUAGAGGAGGAGAAGGACGUCAUGGUUCUCCACAUCAAUAACUUCCAAAGGGCCCUGAGUGAAAACAAGUUCCUGCUGGUUGAGUUCUAUGCUCCGUGGUGUGGUCACUGCCGUCAGUUGGAGCCGGUGUAUGUGGAGGCAGCGGGGGUGUUGAAGGGAGAGAGAAAGGAGGGAGAGAGCGAGGGAUACCGUCUGGCUAAAGUGGAUGCUGCAGAGGAGAAGGAGCUGGCGGAAGAGUAUGAUGUCGGAAGUUUCCCAACCAUCAAACUGUUCACCGACGGAGACAGAAACAACCCCAUCGACUUCACUGGGAAGAGGACAGUGCAGGGUAUUGUCCAGUGGUUGAAGAGGCGGUCAGGUCCUAGUGCCGUGGUGUUAGAGACGACUGAUGCCGCUUCAGAACACAUCAGCCUUCACAACGUUACAGUGCUGGGGUUCUUCACUAGUCUGGAGAGUGAGGAGGUCAAGGUGUUCUAUAGUGUUGCCAUGGAGAUGGUUGACAUGGUGUUCGGAGUGACAACCAGUCCAGAGGUCUUCCAGAAAUAUGAAGUAAAGAACAACAGAGUGGUGCUGUUCAAGAAGUUUGACGAGGGCAGGGUAGACCUGUCUGUGUCUGAGGAGGAGAAGGUGGGUAAAGAGGAGCUGACUGUCUUCAUCAGGACCAACAGUCUGGAGCUGGUCAUAGAGUUCAACGAGCAGAAUGCGGAUAAGAUCUUUGGUUCAAAGGUUCACACCCACACCCUCCUGUUCAUCAACUCUACAGUCCAGGAGCAGAAGAGCCUUCUGACUGAAUACAGCACCGUGGCCAGGGACUUCAGGGGCAAGGUAUUGUUCAUAAUUAUAGAUGUAACGGGACCAGUCAGUCAUGUCCUGAAGUACUUCGGUCUUUCCGAGGGCGACGCCCCCGCUGUACGCAUCAUCAACACCGACACCACCAAGAAGUUCGCUCUGAUUGGACAGAUAACGGCCGCCACACUCCAAACGUUCUGUCAGGGAGUUCUGGACGGAACCGUGAAGUCUCACCUGCUGAGCGAGGAGGUACCAGAAGACUGGGAUAAAGGACCCGUUAAAGUUCUGGUCGGGAAGAACUUUGAGGCUGUCGCCCUCGACAGCAACAAGAAUGUCUUCGUAGAGUUCUAUGCCCCAUGGUGCGGUCACUGUAAGGAGCUGGCUCCAGUCUGGGAGAAGCUGGCAGAGAAGUAACCCAAACCCUAACUAGCUAGCGAACGUUAGCUAAAGAUAGUGUGCCUGUGUGUAGAUGCCCCAUGGUGCGGUCACUGUAAGGAGCUGGCUCCAGUCUGGGAGAAGUUGGCAGAGAAGUAACCCAAACCCUAACUAGCUAGCGAACGUUAGCUAAAGAUAGUGUGCCUGUGUGUAGAUGCCCCAUGGUGCGGUCACUGUAAGGAGCUGGCUCCAGUCUGGGAGAAGCUGGCAGAGAAGUACGCUGACCGGGAUGACAUCAUCAUUGCCAAGAUGGACGCCACGACCAAUGAGGUGGAGGGAGUGUCUGUGUCUGGCUUCCCUACACUACGAUACUACCCUGCUGGAGAAGACAGCAAGGAGGUAGAGUACAGUGGGACCAGAGACUUGGAGACGUUUGCUAUGUUCCUGGACAAUGGAGGACAGCUUCCGAAGGUGGAAGAGGAGGAUGAGGAUGAUGAAGAGGAGGUCACUGAUGAGUCAUCGCCACCGCCAGCCAAUGAGACGUCUAAAGACGAGCUGUAAAGUCAGAGGACCGAACCAAUCAAGAGUAGUUUAUUGGUUUCUAUGGUUUCGCUUGGUUUAAUAAUAAAAGUGAUUUGAUUCUGAA